AUGUAAACACAAUCUAAAACGGAAACAUCUAAUGAAAUCUGUUGACCAAUUUUACAGUCAAAUAAAAAAAAGUUAACAGUCAAGCUUCUGUUAUGGAAAAACCCAUUACAUAACAUGGAUAUUUAUUUGUAUAUAUAUACGAGGUUAGUUCUCUUCACAAAGCAAUUGCUUACAAGUUUUUUCCCAACAUUUUUCAUAAAACAGAAAACAAAUAAUGGCAGCAAAGAAGUUCUCAUUUCUUCAAUUACCCUUCUUAGUGGUGUUUGCUCUCAUCCUUUUGCCUAUGAUUUCAGGACAAUAUUACAAAUGUAACAAGGACGGGUGUACAAACACAUUGGUGUGCGAUGCAAAAUGCAAGUCUAUGGGGUUCCCCAAAGGAGGGGUUUGUCGAGCAUAUAGUUAUGGCGGUGCUUGUUGCUGCGAAUGCAGUUCUAAAGCAUGUCAACAUCCUUUCAUAUCCAAUCUUCAUUUUUAUAUGAUUACAUAAACAAAUACUUGAAUUUUACAAUAAACUAUUUAC